CUCUCUCUACCUUUCCUCAAUAAUAAGCCCCGUAGGCUGAAAACUCAAACGCAAUCACCGAACACCACACUCCCCAUUCCCCAAUCCCCAAACCCAGCUUUGAAGAUUUUCAUGUCCAUCUUGCCCUCACAAGUUCAAGGUUCCACAGCGUCGUCUUCCCAAUCUCUCCCUCUAAACCCUAAUCCCAAUCAUGGCAACCUCCAAUCCUCUCCUCCCAUCUCCUUUGGAUCUCUCCACGUCUCUGAUCCUCUCCCUCUCUCCGCUUCCCCUCCAGGCCCCUUGGCUUCCGAUGCACACGGUUCAGCUGGAUCCUCCAAAGAGGAUCAGUUGAGUGAAGUUGACACGCCAAAUGUUAAGACAACUUCACUACACAGAAACAGGGGAAAAAAUUCCCAUUCUAGAAGGAAAAUAUCCGAAGAUGUGGUUUCUAUUCGAAAUCAUCAAGGCACGAUGGCUCAUGGAAGUGCCAUGCAUUCAGCAGGGAGAAGAACGCAAAUGAUGAAUGGUAACCACUUGCUGAAUUUUCAUUAUGACCCUAUUGCUCGCUCUCGUCCACAGCCACGGGGACCUCCUCCAAGAAGGCAGCGGAAGAUAAAACCUUAUAACAAAGAUUUGUUCCUUCAGGCAAAUUUCAAGUUUGUUGUGUUGGAUACUGGAAAUUACAUGCCUGAAUCGAUGGAUCCGGAUAAGAUGUUAUUAUGGGAGGAUAUUAUUUGUGUGAGGUAUUCUACCCCAUUUCCAGUGCAGUGUCCAAUUUGUUUGGAACAUCCUCAAUGCCCGCAAAUAACCUCAUGUGGUCAUAUUUUUUGCUUCCCGUGUAUUCUGCAAUACUUGUUAAUGGGUGAGGAGGAUCAGAAACGUGAGUGCUUCAAAAGAUGCCCCUUAUGUUUUGUAAUGGUAUCCCAGAAGGAUCUGUACACCAUCUAUAUUGAGGAUGUUAGACAACAUUGUCUAGGUGAUACUAUAGAGUUUAUGCUUCUAACGCGACAAAAAGAUUCAUUUGUUCCAUCUCGGAAAAGUAAAAUAGAGAUGAGCUCCGUGCAGUCUGGUGAGAAGGACAUAUGUGACCCCUUUUCGAAGUUCACAUUUACUUCAGAUGUUGAUCUUUCUGUCAGACAAGCUAUGUCAGAUUUAGAUGGCUGGUUGGCUAGGGCAGAUUCAGGGCUUGUUGAUGAUUUAGAAAAGCUUCCAUAUGUUUGUGCCGCAAUGGAACAAUUAGAACAGAGGAAGAAGUAUUGGAAUGAGCACCGAGCCACUGAUAGCUAUAAAGCUUGUAUAAACACUGUUUCUAAGGUGGAGUCUGAUAGACAAACUUCAAGUGCUUCCAAAGGUAAUGGUGAUACACAUAGUUUCGGAGGGAGGGCACUUCCUUCUGGGGCUGAUGAGCACAAUGAGUGUCUCCAUAGCUUAAGAGCAGACAUUUCAAAUGGAGGGAAUGGUUUGGAUCAAAGUGUUGUUUUAGUUGAAUCUCUAGAUGCUGAAGACACUUUUUUAUCUUCAUCAUGUGAAGAAAGCAAGAAUUUGCAAGAGUGCUUAGGGGGCUCUAAAGAUGCAAAGGAAAAUGACUCUUACAGUUUUUACCAGGCAGUGGACGGGCAGCACAUCAUUCUCCAUCCUUUAAAUGUGAAGUGUCUCCUACACCAUUACGGAAGCUAUGAUUCACUUCCGCACAGAGUAAGUGGUAGGAUUUUAGAGUUGGAAACUAUCACUCAAUCUGAGGCAGUUAGGAGGCGUUAUCGUUACUUGAGUCAUUUUUCCUUAACAACAACUUUUCAGCUUUGUGAAAUUGAUUUGAGUGGUGUUCUUCCUCCUGAUGCUCUGCAUCCAUUUAUGGAUGAGAUAAAGAAGCGUGAAAAACAGAGGAAGCAGCUGGCUAGAAAGGAGCAAAAGGAGAAAAUCAAGGCUGAAGUUGCUGCUGCAGUACAGUUUACACCUAUGAUAUCUAAUUUCGGGCACUGCUCUUACAAUGAUUCCCCCACAUUCUCUAUGGAUGACUUCGAAGCCCUUGGAAGUUCUACUGUGAUAUCAUCAAGUCCCCCAGUUACUGGGGAGAGGAAACUGUUUUCAAAUGUCACGAGGCUUGGUUUUGCUGCUGCACAUGAUUCUCCUUCGUUGAAAAUUGAGGAAGGAAAUGGUAUGCAUAACAAUGAGGGGGCAGCCGAUUCCACUGGUGCAGCUGGCUCUAGAAGUUCAGGCACACAAUCAUUUGCCAAUGUGAUAUCUAGAGCAAAGGCUCCUGAAAAUUUACAGACGCCUAAGAUGAAUGAGAUAGGAAAGAAAGGAAAGAAAGGAGGGCGGGUCCUUUUGUCCACAGCUGGUGGUCGACGCUAUUGACAUUUGGGCCUGUACUCUACUCCCAACUCUGUUUAGCCAUCAUAAUCAAAGAAACUGAGCAACUUUUGUGUGUAGCCUUUAAUAUCUCAUCUUUGUGAAUUAACCUGACUGGCUUUAGGAGACAUUGGAAUAAUAAUAUGUUAACUAGCAUUACACCAUUUCCUGUUAUGUAAAUCCAUGAUGCACUGGGUUCUUCUAUUUCACGGAACUAGAGGGUACUGUAAUUGGAGACUUCAAUUGCAUGUUCUAAUUCUUCCUUCUCAGAA